AUGGCCUCCCCAACCCACUCCUCUGAUUCCUUUGCCUCUUCCGCUGCCGCGCCCCAGCCUGCGCCCGCCUCCGUCGUGCAAAAUGUGAACAUCAAGUCCCAUGUGCCGGUGAUGCUCGACAUGAACGAGCCGAACUACACCCAGUGGAGGUGUUUCUUCGACUCUGUGUUGGGAGCCCGUCUUCGACAAUCGUCUACAGGCCGCGUGCGUCCCGCCUUCCGCAUCUGGUCGGAUGUCGAGGGCCUCUUCCGCGACAACGAACUUCAGCGAGCCGUCUACCUCGAAGCUGAGUUCCGCAGCAUCCGUCAAGGUGAGCUCUCCAUCACGCAGUACUGCUCCAAGCUAAAGAUCCUCGCCGACGCGCUGCGCGACGUCGGCCACCCCAUCUCCGAGCCGUCGCAAGUGCUGAAUAUGCUCUGCGGCCUCAACACCAAGUACCGCCAUCUGAAGCCCAUCAUCACCGACAAAUCCCCGCCGCACAUGUUCCAGAGUGCCCACUCAUACCUGCUGUUGGAGGAACUCAAGGACGAGCACGACUCCCAGCAGGAGCAGGACGACGGCCACGCCCUCGUUGCCAGUCACGGUGGUGGUGGAUCUUCGGGCUCCCCGACGACCAACGCCGACGGCCGCCCUCCUUCCUCGAGCGGCAACUCUGGCUACCGCUACAAGUCCAAGAACAACAAGCGGGGCCGCGGGAACUCCUCCGCCGGCCCUACCCAUCCUUCGGUUGGUGGCGGUGGCGGCGGCGAUGGUAGCGCCACACAACCACGUUGGGCAGCUGGCUUCAACCCGUGGACAGGCCUUCAGUGGCAGAACAUGAGGCAAAUGAAAGGGGGCAACUAUUGUUAA